AUAAAAUUUGUAAUAAAUGUUUGAAAUUACUAGGAACAAUAGUCUCAAAAAUGUCUAAUAAAGUAAAAACUAGCCCUAACAAUUCAUCUACAAAAUUGUGGUGGAUAACAUUUGGUGUGCUGUGCGGCGCCACAUUUGUGACAAGGUUCUACAAAGUAUUGGAACCAGAUCACGUAUGCUGGGAUGAAACUCAUUUUGGCAAAAUGGGAAGUUGGUACAUAAACAGGACUUUCUUCUUUGAUGUACAUCCUCCUCUUGGCAAGAUGCUCAUUGCGUUGUCAGGCAAGCUGACAGGAUAUGAUGGCACCUUUCCUUUUGACAAGCCCGGAGACAAGUAUGAUGACGCCAAAUAUGAAGGCAUGAGAAUUUUCUGUACAACAUUGGGAGCCCUUGUCAUUCCAUUGACAUUUUUAUCAUUAUGGGAGAUGACAAAGUCAUUAGACUCCACUUUUAUAGGAACAAUGCUCUUAUUAUGUGAUGUUGGUUUUCUAACUUUAAACCGGUAUAUUUUAUUGGACCCAAUUUUGCUGUUUUUUAUGAGCUGCUCGAUUUAUGGUGCUAUGAAGGUCCGCACGCUCACCACCGAAGGUCACGCGCCGUUCUCACCGACUCUCAUAACCUGGCAGCUGUUGCUCGGUGCUUCGCUGGCCUGCACCAUGUCUGUCAAGUUCGUGGGGCUGUUCGUCGUGCUGUUUGUGGGGCUGCGGACUGUGGCUGACUUGUGGGAGGUCCUUGGAGACCUUACAAAACCUGUGAGCCUCACCGUGAAACAUCUGAUUGGUAGAACCAUCACUCUAAUCUUGUGGCCUGCCGCUCUCUACGUGUUCUUCUUCUGGAUACAUCUUACUGUAUUGUCAAAAAGUGGAAACGGCGACGGGUUCUACUCAUCCGGUUUCCAAGCGCGCCUUAUAGGAAACAGUCUUCACAACGCCAGCGCCCCUCGCGUACUAGCCUAUGGGGCAGUAGUGACAUUGAAGAACCAUCGCACUGGAGGGGGGUACUUACACUCUCAUCAUCAUCUGUACCCGGCCGGGGUCGGCGCUAGGCAGCAACAGAUAACAACAUACACACACAAAGACGAGAACAACCGCUGGAUCGUCCGGCCGUACGCAUCCUCGCCCUCAGGCACGGUGCUCGUGCGCAGCGGGGACCUGGUGCGGCUCACGCAUGCGCAGACCUUGCGCAACCUGCACUCGCACAGGGAGCGCGCGCCGCUCACGCAGAAAUGCAUGCAAGUUACUGGAUACGGCGAAGACGGAGUUGGCGACGCGAACGAUGUAUGGAAGAUCGUGAUCGCCGGAGGCAAGGAUGGGGACGAAAUACAAACUGUCAAGAGUAAACUCAUGUUCGUGCACUAUUUACAAGCAUGCGCACUGACCACGACCGGCAAGCAGUUACCAAAGUGGGGUUACGAGCAGCAAGAGGUCGCUUGCAACCCUAACUUGAGGGACAAAAAUGCGCUGUGGAACGUAGAGGACAAUGUAUUUGAUGAUCUGCCAAAAGUAAGCUUCGAGGCCUACGCAUCGGGCUUCAUAGAGCGAUUCAUAGAGUCCCACGCCGUCAUGUUCCAGGGCAACGCGGGACUCAAGCCUAAAGAAGGCGAAGUCACAAGCCAGCCGUGGCAGUGGCCUAUCAACUACCGGGGCCAAUUCUUCUCCGGCAGCGCGCACAGAGUGUACCUGCUGGGCAACCCGGUGGUGUGGUGGACCAAUCUCGCGUUCCUCGCCGUGUUCUUUGUCAUUUACGUCGUUAACUCAGUUAGGGAGAAGAGGGCGCAGGCGCGUGGCAUCGUGUUGCAAGGUGGCGAAAAUGCAAGGCUCCUAAACGCAGCAGGCUGGAGCUUCAUUGGCUGGGCGUUGCACUACGUACCCUUCUGGGCGAUGGGGCGGGUGCUGUACUUCCACCACUACUUCCCUGCAUUGGUCUUCAGUUCCAUGCUAACGGGUAUUCUCACCGAAUAUCUCCUAAAAAGCAUCAAGGCUUACCUGACCCCGGAGCUCGGCCGUGCUAUCUACCAAGGAGCUAUAGGCCUUGUGUUGUCCACUACCGUGUACAGUUUCUACCUGUUUUCCCCUCUGGCUUAUGGCAUGAGCGGUCCGCUUGCACACGAGCCUAAUUCCACUAUGGCGGGACUCAAGUGGCUUGAGUCUUGGGAGUUUUAGAUAUUUAAUUCACUAAGAGCCA